AUGUCUUUUGGAGACCAGGCGAGUUGGAUGUUCCCAAUAUCCGCAAGCGUUAUUUUUAUCUCCAUUAUCUUCGCCUUUUGGACUUACCCGCGCACAAUUUUCUGGUCUGCAUACAAGCUGUCAGAAACAUGGAUUCUUGUCACUUUCGGCUUCUAUGCACUCUAA